GGUAAACACACGAUGGAAGCAAGCAAAACGCCGACGACGGCCGACGACUAGCGCUCUGAGGUAAACAGAGGAGAGGUCGAAACAGAUUUGGCAUCUCGCGCAUUUCGCAGAGACGAAGAACGCCCAGCCGCAACUCCUAAUGGUAUGACCUCCGACGAGGCUGAGAAACCGAGAGAUGGCGGGAAAACAGUGUUGCCGGACUGGAUGGCCGGUGGUCCGCAUGGAGUUGGAGAUCCGAACGAUCGUCGGCUUCGCAAUGUUGAGCGGAAUGUCCUGAUUCCGAAGAUCGUCCGAGAACGAGCACAAAAGGAGAAAUGCAAUGAUCUUUUCAUGAAUUUCCUCGAGUGCAGUAAGCGGACUGGCUUCCUGGUGAUCUUCAAAUGUCGGAAGGAGAGGGAUAUCAUGAACGAAUGCUUAGGCAAAUGGUUCCAUGACGAAGACUUCAAGAACGAAUGCAAAGAGCAGUAUUUAGCUGAAAGGAAAGUUUACCGUGAAACCGGCAUACCGAAGGCACAGCGAACGAAAGACCGUGUCGUUUAGGGAUCUCAGAAGGAAUAAAAACUUUGUUUCCACGAUCGCUCGAUCAUGA